AUGGCAGCCGCAUCGGGUUUGCAACCAAGGCUUCUCUCCUCCUUGGCCGGCGACCGUCUUCUCCCUUCCAGACUCCCCAUCCUUCAUCUCUUCGGCUAUAAAACAGGAGGUGGGCAUCAUGUGUCAAUGCGAUUCUCCAGGGCGCUUUCUGGAUUAACCAACCUUGUAUUCAAUAGAAGAAUUGUAGAAGAAGUACCAAACGCCAAGAGGAAACGUCUACUCCCGGGGAAACUCUCUCCCCGUCGACCUGUCCCUGAUAAUAUUUUGAAGCCUCCUUAUGUCGACUCUCGGCAGUCUCCUGGAAUCUCGAGCGGAGCUGAAGUGCAUGAUGAAAUGGGGAUAGAUUGCAUGAGAGCUUCUGGAAGACUUGCAGCACAAGUGCUUCAGUAUGCUGGGACUCUAGUAAAGCCAGGUGUAAAGACUGAUGAAAUUGAUGAAGCAGUGCACCAGAUGAUAAUUGAAAAUGGUGCAUAUCCGUCGCCUCUAGGAUAUGGUGGAUUUCCAAAGAGUGUGUGCACGUCGGUUAAUGAGUGCAUUUGCCAUGGCAUACCAGACUCUCGUGAGCUAGAGGAUGGUGAUAUAAUCAACAUUGAUGUCACAGUUUACUUAAAUGGUUAUCAUGGUGAUACAUCAGCAACUUUCUUUUGUGGAGAUGUUAGCGAUAGUGCCAGAAAGCUUGUUCAGGUAACCAAAGAAUGUCUGGAUAAAGCAAUCUCGAUUUGUGCACCAAGGGUGGAGUUGAAGAAAAUUGGCAAGACUAUACAUGAUCAUGCAGAUAGACAUCGGUACGGUGUUGUUAGGACCUUUGUUGGCCACGGUGUUGGACGUGUUUUCCAUGCUGAUCCAGUUGUACUUCACUACAGGAACAGGGAGGGUGGACGCAUGAAGUUGAAUCAAACCUUUACAAUCGAGCCCAUGCUGACAAUGGGCAGCAUUAAUCCGGUGAUGUGGGACGAUGACUGGACGGUGGUGACCGAAGAUGGAAGCCUGUCAGCUCAGUUUGAACACACCAUUCUCAUUACUGAAGGUGGAGCUGAGAUACUGACACAAUGCUAA